CUGUAAAGGGGAAGGAUGGCACCUUCUCCUCUGCGGAAAAGCCCAGUCAGCAAGAUUUGGGGGAGCCAAGCAUCGACAGUGGGGAGCAAACACUAUAUAAGGAAAGCCCUGCUGGCUGCAGGGCCCUGCAAGCAAGCGGCCGCUUUCCUGAGCAGCGCUUUGGGCCAAAGCAACGGCGACGGGGACAUCCUCACCCUGCUCAUCUGCCCUAAUCCUCAGAGCUGGGGAGCAUCUCUGCCCUGGACAAGGAGAGAAGCAAACAAGAAAGUGGUUGACAGAACGGGGAAACGGUUUGGUUUCCUUUCCCAGGACUGUCAAAAAGAUGAAGUCUCUCCUCACCUUCACUGUGCUGUUUGCUUGGGGUUUGUCCCCAGCUCACGGGAGCCUCUGGGAGCUGCACAAGAUGAUCACAAAGACGACAGGGAAAAACGCCUUGCUGCACUACUCCUCCUACGGCUGCUACUGCGGCUUGGGGGGCAGAGGGCAACCCAAGGACGCCACAGACAGCUCCCCUGCAGAUGCUGCCAGCUGCACGAUACCUGCUACAACAGCCUCCAGAGCUACCGAUGCAACGCCAAGAUGCAGGGCUACCACUACAGCUGGCGCAGCGGCAGCCCCUCCUGCAGAGAGGGCUCCUGGUGCGCCCAGCUCUCCUGCGAGUGCGACCGCAGCCUGGCGCUUUGCCUCAAGCGGAGCAUUGGGACCUACAGCAAACGCUACUGCUUCUACCCCAAGCUCUGGUGCCGGUGAUGGCAGAGCUGGGAUGCAGGGCUGGAACACGCACAGCUUCUGUAUCCGGAUCGCCCCAUGUCCUUCUGCAUCCAGAUCGCCCUAAGUCCCUGCCUCUACGGACCUCGUUAGUGUGGCUGUAAAUUUAAUCCAUGUGAAAAUAAACAAAGUGCUUAAACCAC